AUGGCAGCCAACGCUCCCCCCACCGCGGAGGCGCUGCUCAGUGGUGCCGCCGCUCACCCGCCCAAGACCGCUGAAGAGAUCGCCAACCAAUAUGACCUGCUGCCCAAGCUGAUCCCUUUCCUCGACCGCCAUCUGGUGUUCCCUCUGCUCGAAUUCAGCUCGGGCCAGGAGGAUGAGAAGGAACUCACCCGUGCGAAAUAUGAGCUUCUCAAGCACACGAACAUGACCGACUAUGUGGCCAACCUGUGGCAGGAGAUCAACGACUCUGACUCCAUCCCCGACGAGUUCGCGAAGAAGCGUGAGGAGGUUCUGGCCAAGAUGCAACAGUACCAGGAUGAGAGCGCCAAGAUCACCGAAUUGCUGCAGGAUGAGGGCGUCGUCGGCAACCUGCGGAGCGACAAGGUUGCCAACUUGAAGUUCCUCGAGGAGGAGCACGGUGUCACCAAUGAGAUGGUCAACAGCCUCUACGACUACGGACGAUUCCAGUACAGUUGCGGAAGCUACGGGAAUGCCGCCGAAUUGCUCUACCAGUUCCGUGUUCUGUCCACCGACAAUGACAAGGUUGCCUCGGCCACAUGGGGUAAGUUGGCGUCGGAGAUUCUGACCACCAGCUGGGAGGGUGCGAUGGAGGAAGUCCAAAAGGCCAAGGACUCGAUCGAGACCCGGUUAUUCAACAACCCUCUGGGCCAGCUCCAGAACCGCUCCUGGUUGAUCCACUGGUCCCUCUUCCCCUUCUUCAACCACGACCCCGCCCGCGAUGUCCUGACCGACCUCUUCUUCUCUCCCGCCUACAUCAACACCAUCCAGACCCACUGCCCUUGGAUCCUGCGCUACCUGGCCGCCGCCGUCAUCACCAACCGCAACCGUGCCCAGCGUAACAGCAGCUUGUACCACAGGCAACUGAAGGACCUCAUCCGUGUCGUUCGCCAGGAGGACUACGAAUACGCCGACCCUAUCACCGACUUCAUCAAGGCGCUCUAUGUCGACUUUGAUUUCGAGGAGGCCCAGAAGAAGCUGGGUGAGGCUGAGAAUGUGCUCCGGAGCGACUUCUUCCUCGUUUCGGCCGCCGAUGCUUUCAUUGAGGCUGCUCGUCACUUGAUCUCGGAGAGCUACUGCAAGAUCCACCAACGGAUUGACAUCAAGGAUCUGUCGACCCGCCUUGGUCUGAACCAAGAUGAGGGUGAGAAGUGGAUUGUCAACCUGAUCCGCAACACCCGUGUCGACGCCAAGAUCGACUACCAGGAGGGUACUGUCAUUAUGAAUCACCCUCCUCAGUCAGUGUACCAGCAGGUCAUUGAGAAGACCAAGGGUGCAUUCUUCCGGACACAAGUCCUGAGUGCGGCCGUCGCAAAAUAA